GGAGUAUUGGCUGGUCAGGUAGUUUUCCGACUGGGGUCGCCAUGAUGGGUACCCGUUCGCUUGAUGCAGUUGAUACAUGGAGUCGGCGGCGUGGAUGUGACUUAACUCAGCGAGGGGUGAGUGAUGGGAUGGAGAACGGUGUAGCACAGGUCUGUGCUGGCGAUGUGGCUGACAAAGUUGCUGUGGUGGCGGUAGCAGAGGUCGUACCUGGCCUGCCAGUGCUUGGCGCAGUGGCGGCAGGUGAACUCUAGUACGAGGAGAUAGCGCCAUCUCCCGUCGAAACUCUUCGACCUUCAAGGAAGCUUGGUCGUGUGGAGGGUUGACAUCGUGGAAGUGGGCGGCGUCUCGGGCGUGGACUUGGGAGAGCAUGGAUUCAAUCGCGGUCGCGUUGUCGCGGAUCUGAUGCCGCAGCGAGUCGUUGAUGGCAAGUGCGUCGUCCUUUGCGUGGAGUCUGGUGCUGGCCAUGUAUCGCUCCGAGGAUCGAGCUGACUUAGACUCGGCGGCGGUAGUCGGUCGCUUCAGCCGGUUGUUCUGGAGCCAGUGGAGGUCGAACUCCAAGGUAUACGCCUGCUCCCGCAGUAACGCCGCGGCCUUCUUGUCCCUUGCGCGGUACAUCUGUGCCUUCCGUCGCAUGUACAUGCGCUUCUUGUCGCGAGAUUCGGUAGGAGAUGACGACGAUAUCGACGAUGCAGUUACCAUCACACCCGCGUGGAAUAUUGGCAAGUGAGUUGAAGAGUUGAACAAGAAGCUUGGUUCAUG